UACCGAGAGAGUGAAAGAUCGAGAGAGAGCAAGAUCGAGAGAGCGAGAGAUGAGGUUCGACGUUGCUGUGCUUCUCUUUCUCUCCGUUACUCCGGCGGUGAUCGCCGGAAGGCAAACGCCUCUUUUAGAGGAUAUCGUUAUGCCGACGACUGAGGUCGUGCGCAACCCAUUUGACACAUCUAACUAUGGCAAACUCCAGCUCAAUAAUGGCCUUGCCUUGUCUCCCCAGAUGGGAUGGAACAGCUGGAAUUUCUUUGCGUGCAAUAUAAAUGAGGCAGUGAUCAAAGAAACUGCUGACGCACUUGUUUCAACUGGGUUGGCUGACCUUGGUUACAACUACGUUAAUAUAGAUGAUUGUUGGUCCUCCUUGUUGCGCAAUGCUGAGGGUGAAUUGGUACCUGACCCAAAGACUUUCCCUUCAGGCAUCAAAGCACUUGCAGACUACAUACAUAGAAAGGGCCUCAAGAUUGGUAUCUAUUCCGAUGCUGGGGCUUUUACAUGCCAAGUCCGGCCUGGAUCCCUCUUCCAUGAAAAAGAUGAUGCAGGUCUUUUUGCAUCUUGGGGCAUUGACUAUUUAAAGUAUGACAAUUGUUAUAAUUUGGGGAUUCCGCCAAAGGAACGGUAUCCUCCUAUGCGUGAUGCACUAAAUUCCACUGGGCACGCCAUUUUCUAUUCACUUUGUGAAUGGGGCCAAGAUGAUCCAGCUUUAUGGGCUGGUAAAAUUGGAAAUAGUUGGCGUACUACAGAUGACAUAAGUGACUCAUGGGCAAGUAUGACUACCAUUGCCGAUCUCAAUGAUCAAUGGGCAUCAUAUGCUGGUCCUGGUGGAUGGAACGACCCAGAUAUGUUGGAGGUUGGCAAUGGGGGUAUGACUUAUCCAGAGUAUCGUGCACAUUUCAGCAUCUGGGCUUUGAUGAAGGCCCCUCUUUUGAUUGGUUGUGAUGUAAGGCAUAUGACUGCAGAGACUUUGGAAAUUUUGAGCAACAAGGAGGUCAUUGCUGUGAACCAAGACCCUCUUGGUGUUCAAGGAAGGAAGGUUUCAACUGAAGAUAAAGAUGGCUGCAGCCAGGUAUGGGCGGGACCUUUAUCAAAUAACCGACUGGUUGUUGCUUUAUGGAAUCGAUGUUCCAAACCUGUCAAAGUUACAGCGAAAUGGAAUGAUAUUGGUCUUGAGUCAUCCACCAAAGUUUCCGUAAGAGAUCUUUGGAAGCAUGAGGAUGUAUUGGAGAAUGUAGCUGGAGAUCUUGCUGCCAAAGUUGAUGCCCAUGACUGCAAGAUGUACAUCUUAAAGCCUACUGAAUAUGUGUCUCCAAUUUAAUGACACUGUUCGGUCAUGUCAUCACACCCUGCUUCCUUCUUUGUUCCUAUGUUUUAUUGGUUUGUAUCAAUAUUAUCAUUAUUGGUGUGUGUAGUAUUUAUCAAGUGCAAGGACUAAGGGUGCGCUUGGUUUGCAGAAUAGGAACGGGACCAACGGGUUAAUGAGAUUGGAACAGUGAAAGUAAAGGGAAUGUAAGUAAGGUGAUAGGAAUGAUAAUGAAAACUAUGUAUGUUUGAUUUGAA